CAUUAAGACCGGUAGAAUCGUUAGCGGAGAUCAGAAAGUAUUGAAGGGACUGGAAUUGUGCUUUUGAGGGAGGUGCAUCAAAAGCGAUGGCUUACUUUGGGGAAAAUGAGUAUUCGUUCAAACAACUGUGAAGUAGUGGGGCCUCGGUUUGUUGACAGAAAAUCAUUGGUUCCCGAGGAGCGGUGGCUCUCGUUCUGCCAGAGUUUUCUUCAUACUCCGGCCGGGCGGAUCGAAAACGAAAGAAUCUGAUUUAGUGGAGGAGACCCCCAGCUGGGAAAGAGGAGGAGUGUUUUCCUCAGCCAGGGCAAAAAAAAAGAGUGUUUUCCGUGGGCUGGCGGCCAUCGCGGUUCGGAGUGAACCGCCGCCACGGUGGAGACUAUCGGAUGGCGCCUGAGGUGAGGCAGCGGAAAGGUACUGGGGUUGAGGAGCCGGUGGAAGCCUCACCCGAACGAAGGAGAAGCAGGGCUACGAAAGCCAGACGGGAGGGCACGGAGAACUGCUUGCCGGUGUUGUUGGGAGCCGGGCUGCUCCUGGGUUUGGGCCUGAUCCUCGGGUCCGCGCUCUGGAACUAUAACCUGGACCGCCAGCUCGCGGAACGCCAAAAAGAUGCUCUGAAAUCUCUUGGCAGUGAAGGACUUUUCUUAUUUUCCUCAUUCGACACCAAUAAUGACUUGUACCUCAGUCCAGAAGAAUUCAAGCCUCUAGCUGAAAAACUAACAGGUAUUGCCACAGCCCCAGACUUUGAAAGCAAUGAGGGGCCUGAUCCAAAUUCAGAGGUGCUGACAAUUGAAGCAAAAUUCCAGCCUCUGCUGAUGGAAACUAUGACCAAAAGCAAGGAUGGCUUUCUUGGAGUUUCCCAUGGCUCCCUGUCAGGACUGAAAAACUGGAAGACUGCAGAAAUACCUUCUAGUAUCUUCAGUAGCAGUCAAUUUAAAGCUUUCCUCCCUCUUAAAAAUAAGGUAGAGCUGGGUGAAACAUGGUGGAUGAUUCCCAGUGAGCUGACUAUCUUUACUGGGUACCUCUCCAAUAACAGAUUUUAUCCUCCAACGCCACAAGGGAGAGAGGUCCUUAUCCAUAAACUUCUAAGUAUGUUUCACCCACGGCCAUUUGUGAAGACGAGGUUUGCACCCCAGGGUGCAGUGGCUUGCAUCCGUGCAGUCAGUAACUUUUAUUAUGACAUUGUCUUCAGGAUCCAUGGAGAAUUUCAGUUGAAUGAGCUGCCAGAUUAUCCCUUUUGGUUCACUCCAGGGCAGUUUACUGGACACAUCAUUCUUUCUAAAGAUGCAUCUCAUGUUCGGGAUUUCAGGAUGUACGUUCCCAAUGACAGGUCUCUGAAUGUGGACAUGGAGUGGCUGUAUGGGGCAGGUGAAAGUGGCAACAUGGAAGUCGACAUAGGCUACUUACCUCAGAUGGAGCUCAAGGCUGUGGGUCCGUCUACUCCGAAUAUUAUCCUUGAUGAAAAUGGUAAUGUGAUCGACACUGCAGAUGCUUCAGGGGAACCCAUUCAAUUUAUUUUUGAAGAGAUUGUCUGGCAAUCAGAAAUCGGCUUUGAAGAAGCUACAAACAAGCUGGAGACAACCAUGUAUCCAUUUAAGAAGAUUUCAUAUCUUCCAUUUACUGAAGUUUUCGACCGUGCGAAGAUGGAACAUAAACUUGUGCAUUCCAUAUUACUCUGGGGUGCUCUUGAUGAUCAGUCUUGCUGAGGUUCAGGGCGGACUCUGCGGGAGACUGUUCUCGAGAGUUCGCCUGUCCUCUCACUGCUGAAUGAGAGUUUUGUCAGCAGCUGGUCCCUAGUCAAAGAACUAGAGGAUCUUAAGAGAAAUCAAGACAAUGAACGUCAUGCUGGGUUGGCCAGCCUGCAUUUAGAACACUACAACUUUCCUGUUGAGAUGAUGAUCGCUUUACCAAAUGGCACAGUGGUUCACCACAUCAAUGCAAACUACUUCCUGGAUAUCACUUCAGUGAAGCCUGAAGAGAUGGACAAGAGUCUGUUCAUUAGUUCAUCACACUUUGAAGACCUCUCAGCUACAACUUAUGUUACAUUUUUGAAGGAAGGGCUUGAAAUUGCCAAACGGUUUGCACCAUCUUAACUUAAUGGAAAUCCAGCUGAAUGAAACAGAUCCUCCCUCCAUUGUCAGUUUCAGCUGUUUUGUUAUUUGGGUUUUUCACUUUGCACAGAGAAUAAAAUUGCCUCCGAUCCCAAAGCCUCAUUGAGGAGGGUAUCUACUUGUUACUUCCUCAAGAAAACAGCUUCUGUUGACAGAGCUUUUGUGAUGUGGGGGAAUGACUCUGUGUAUGUGUGAGUUUUGACAUGUUCCUCUGUUGCUCCUCAUCCCCCUGAAUAUGAUCGUGUAUUGAUUAUUGAGAAAGGACUGUUUCCUUGGAUAUUGGUUGGGAUGAAGGAGGAAGAAAGUGACCAGUUCUGAACCAUAGCUAGCUAUUUUUUGAGCGUUAUUGGAGUCUGAAUAGGGAAUAUGUCACUAUUAGCAUAGUUGGUUUUUUUUAAAGGUAUUGUCUAAUAUGCUUGCCACUACCACAUGUGGAAAUCUGACACAGACAUGUGACAAAUUGAUACCGUUCAGCAAGUGAGAAACUGUCAACAGUUCUGUGUAAAAAGCAUUACUUAGCCCCAUUCACCUUUUACAGUUGUUUUGCAGUUUUAUUUUAAAGUCACUUCCUUCUUGAAAGAUAUUACUAAUCUUGUUUCUGAAGAUUACAAAAUCCCUGAUAAGGUGUCACCAUCAAAAUAUUUUUCUUCAUCUCUCCCUCAUUCAUUUGAAAAUAAUCUUAAAUUUGUGCCCUAAAAUAAAGAUAGGGAAAAUGUUGCUUCCUAUUUUAUUCAUUUUAAUUCAUUCAUUUAUCUCUUCACUAUAACAAUUUUGAAAACCUCUAUUUACACUCCUCCAAGUUUCUGUCCUGAUAAGAAAAUACCAAAAAUCUCCAUAGAAUCACAGCUUAAAAAACCAUCAGCCCAUCUUGUCUGUACUGGCUCUAUAAACGUGCCAUCCACCAUCCAUAUUCUGCCUUCUCCCCAUACACUGCACCAUUCUGGGUAACUGACUGAUUCUGACCCUGCUUCUACAUUACCAUGGUCUCAGUGCAUUACAGACUUUAGUCAGCCACUGUGUGAAAAAGACUUUUUCUUUGCUUCUUUGACAAAUUACUUCAAAUACGUUUCCUCUCAUACGCAAACCUUUCAAGGAUGGGAACAGUUUCUUCCUGUUUGCUCUGUCCAGACCCCUUUUAUGAUUUUGAAAAACUUGAUUAAAUCUGUUCUCAUGUAACGAAGUGUGAAGCUGGAUGAACACAGCAGGCCAAGCAGCAUCUCAGGAGCACAAAAGCUGACGUUUCGGGCCUAGACCCUUCAUCAGAGAGGGGGAUGGGGAAAGGGUUCUGGAAUGAAUAGGGAGAGAGAGGGAGGCAGACCGAAGAUGGAGAGAAAAGAAGAUAGGUGGAGAGGACAGUAUAGGUGGGGAAGGUAGGGAGGGGAUAGGUCAGUCCAGGGACAAGAGAGUUGCAGUGGGAGAGAGAUUCCCUGAGGUUGGUCCAGAGGGAGGAGGGUAACUUCUUCAGGUUAGGCAUCCCUGGAAGAGGCUUCGCAGUGAGGUUAAAAUGGUGAUCAGAGAUAAUGGGAACUGCAGAUGCUGGAGAAUCCAAGAUAACAAAGUGUGAAGCUGGAUGAACACAGCAGGCCAAGCAGCAUCUCAGGAGCACAAAUCACAAAUCUGCUCUCGGCCUUUUUUCUGUCAGGAAAACAGGCCUGACUCCUCCAAUCUGUCUUCAAUAUUGAGGUUCCUCAUCCCUGGAAUUAUUCCAUAAUAGAUGUUUAUGCAUGUUUUCUUUAAGCAAUUGACAAUGUUUAGAAUUUUCUGCUGGAGAGAAGCUGAGUUUCUGAGGAGGGUCUGCCGCUUUUAAGGGUCAGGUUACGCAUCCCUCACCCCAAGGGCAGAAACAACAUUUCACAGCAAUCUCCAGUUUCCUGUGCGAACUUUAAACUGUUAAUGUGACUUCACUGGUAGGAGGAGGAUUGUGUGAGUAUUUAGAAUCCUGCAGAUACAAAGUUUCAUAAGCUUGUUUCAGCUUGCUGUUUGCAUAAGUGACAGUGCCUUUGUUCUGAAGGAUGUUAAUUUGCUGUAUAAAAACGGCCACUUUCGACUUUCAAACUCUUGCGUUACUUUACAAAUCCUGUAAAAGCUUUAAAUAUUUAAGGAUAAAUUAUAUGAAGAAUAGCUAUAUUCGCCAGGAGGGAUUUUCUGCAACAAGAGGACACUUGAGAUAAUUGGCCAAGGAACAAGCCGAAAAACUAGAUGGUUUUAAUAUAGUGAUUUUUUAAAAAAGUGAUGUACAGUACUUCAUGAGGUAGAAACAGGCUUAAUGAUAGCUAAUCUCCUCUUGGAAGCUAUGUGUUGAAAAAGGAUAUGGUAGAAGGGUUAUGGGAAAAGGUUAUUGGGAGUGAGGCUAACUGAACAGCUGUUUUUACAUGCACUGUUAUUACAUAAUCUGCCAUUUCACACUAUCUAUUGUUUGUUGCUGACAGACUCCAUUAAACAGCUAUUCACUCUUCUAGCCAGAUUGUUAUCCACUCCUUUGUCUGUCCAACUUUUUUUCCUCUCUUUGGGCUCUAUCCCCACCUAUCAUUCACAGCUUACUUCCUCCCCCUACCUGACUUCUGCAUACACAGCGACAUUUUCCUAGCUAGCCACCAUCAGUUCUGAGGAAGGGUCACCAGACCUGAAACAUUAUUUGUGAUUUCUCUUCAUGGAUGCUGCCUGAGCUUUCCUAGCAAUUUUUGUUUUUUUUCUGAUUUACAGCUUCCACAGUUCUUUGUUUUUUUUUAAGCUGUUUUCACACUCGAGGAUGAUGAACUAAAUGGCCUGUACCAUUUUUCGUUUGCAUUGCCUCAAAUAGUGUGAUUUAAUUACCUUUGCUUAAAAACAUUUGAAUUGCUAGAUGGAAGAUGAUGUUGGCUGUUCAAGUUCAUCUCCUACUUUACAACUGAGCUGUGGAUGAUCAGAGAGAUUCUUGACUGCUAGGGAAAUUAAGGAUUACAGGCAAAGGGCAAGAACGUGGAUAUGAGAAAUGUCAGAUCAGCCAUGAUUUUAUUGAAUGGGGGAAGCAGGCUCCACCAGCCAAAUGUCCUAUUGUUCUUAUUUCUUUCAGUCUUUAUAACAAUCAGUCUGUAUCAAUUAGCCCCAGAUUUGAUGUGAGAAAAAUCCAAGAGGUUUUGAAACCCAAGUCCAAUGUUCGUGUUUGACCCGAACCUGAUACAUCCAUAUGUUACGCCUCAUUAUUAUAUAGUGUCUCACAGUGCUGUUUCUUAAUUAGCUAUUUUCACCAGCUCUCUAAUGCAUUCAUAUUGUUAAAACAUGAAAAUGUCAAGCAUGAUGAAAUAACAUGUUUUGAGUGAUUGGCUGCCAGCUGUGUUAAUUUACUUUCAUGACUGUUAUUUACAUUCAUUUAGAUGGUAGCUAUUUUAUCCAAGAGUGUUGUCAAACAUCAGCAUGCAUUCUGUAAUGUAAGUACAUGGUUCACUUUCUUCUGACAAGCCAAAUUCCAGGACCAGCUCAUCAGCUAUUAAUGUGGGGUUAUGAAAGCAGGAGAGCAAGAGAUAGACAUCACUCUUAUGGGAAUGGAUGAAUAAGCGUACAGAUAAAAUGCUGUUGGUCUUGAUAAUUUUUAAGAAUUAUUUUCUUAAAGCAAAUAUCAGUGCAUCAAGCCAUUGGAGAUGCCCUCUGUGAUAUGUACUCCAAAUAACUUUUGUGUAUGUUUCAGGUGAAAUCUGAUCAUUCGUUUGCUGGACCUAUGCAAAGUGUUGUGGUUUGUUUUUGUAAUUAAAGUUCUAUUUUAUCAACACUACUAAAUCCGUAUAGUAGUAAGAAAGCAGAUCAAUAUAGUAUGCCACCAUUGACUUUUAUACUUAUUUCUGUUUUUAUAUAUUUACAGCCUGGAUUUCCAAUCAGCAUUAUUUUUAUACUUGUGGUGACACUGUGUUAAAAUUAUGGCUGUGGGAAACAAUCAGGGCCAGUUUGUAACAAAUAAGAGUGGUGGAGGGUGGCAAGGAUGGUUUUUGUUGUCUAAAGAACUGCAUUUUGUGAAGGCUGAACCCCAAAGCCUGGGAAAGGACUGGGUUCCGCCUGAUGUUACGUUAGUUGUUUAGAAAUAAUUGCCUAAUCCUACCCUCCUUUGAAUCAUUAUUGCUUCCUGGUCUUAAUUUUAUUACAUUGUUCAUAGAUCUCCUGCACUGGUUUGCAUUGAUUGGGCAAAACAGAUAAUGACGAAACAGUCACUGGAGGUCAAUUAUUGCAUUGAAAAAUGUAUACGGCUUGGCAAUUUAAGAUUUAUCUUUUGCAAUUCAUUCAGGAGUCUAGUUCCAUUUGUACUGUCCUGUCUCAGUAGUCUGGUGCCAAAUUUAGUGUAUGCAACAUGUUUGAGAACAUAACUAGCCAUUUAGACGUAUAUUGUGAUCCAGAGAUUUGUGCAGUUUUUCUUCCUGCUUAAAAAGCUGAAGUCCUAGAAAUUGCAUUGUUAUUUUGCUGCGUAAAACAUCUCACCUCCACCUCCUAUUGGAGGGGAUGUGGGUUGUGUUUUAUUAGUGAGUGGUGAUCAGGCUCUUGACAAUCCAUGAAUCGUAAGUUGUACUGAAGUCUAAAGGAGCUUGCAUCUUCCUACCAAUUGACAGCUUUCUAAUUUUCUCUUGAGCUGUGAACUGCAAUUAGCAGUAACAGUUAAUAGGUAACUUCCAGCUUUAUACAACUCAUUUCUAUUACCUAUGCUUUUGGUUCUUCUAAAUAAAAAGUUUUGACCCAUUUUUAAAAAAACCUAGUUAUUUCUUAUUUUGAAUAGCAAGCAUGACACUACGUAUUUGUAUUUUUUUUCCCCUAAAUAAAAACAGUUUAAAGAA